AUGAAGUACUCGAUCGUCCUCCCGCUCCUCGCCACCACGGUGUUGGCUGCGCCCCUGGAAGCCCGUCAGGCCACGUGCAAGGUGCCAACGUCGUUCCCCACGACGGCUAACGCGAAGCUUCCCAACCCCUUCAAGUUCUUCGACGGAACUGAUGUCAAGACCAAGGCCGACUUUGAGUGCAAGAACAAGGAGGUUUCCGCAGCUCUUCAGGCACAGGAACUCGGAACUUUCCCACCUAAGCCGUCCACGUUCUCCGCUACGUACUCGGGUGGCACUCUCUCGUUUACCGCCGGCGAAGGCGGCAAGUCCAUCUCCUUCUCUGUCAGCAUCAAGGGCAACUCCGGUACAUCCGUUCCCGCUAUCAUCGCCUAUGGCGGCGCGAGCAUCCCCGUUCCUUCUGGUGUCGCAACGAUCACCUUCAAUAACGACCAGAUGGGUCAGCAGUCAGGGCAGAGCUCUCGCGGAAAGGGCAAGUUCUACGACCUCUACGGUUCAGGCCACAGUGCCGGUGCCCUGACAGCGUGGGCAUGGGGUGUUGACCGUGUCAUCGAUGCCCUCGAGGCCACCACUGGGCACAACAUCGACACCAAGCGCAUCGGCGUGACUGGCUGCUCCAGGAACGGCAAGGGAGCCUUCGUGGCCGCCGCCCUCGUCAACCGCAUCGCGCUCGGCAUCCCGCAAGAGUCCGGCUCCGGUGGCGCUGCCUGCUGGCGCAUUUCCGAUUCCGAGAAGGCCAAGGGCAAGAACAUCCAGACCUCGUCCCAGAUCGUCGGCGAGAACGUGUGGUUCUCACCCGCCUUCAACGCCUUCUCCACCAAGGCAACUACCCUCUCGACCGACCACCACCAGCUCGCUGGUCUCGUCGCGCCGCGCGGCCUCAUCGUCAUUGAGAAUGAGAUCGACUGGCUCGGCCCCGUGUCGACCACCGCGUGCAUGAAGGCUGGUCGCUUAAUCUACAAGGCGCUCGGCGUGCCGGACAACAUGGGCUUCACUGGUUCCGGAAACCACAACCACUGCUCGUUCCCGAGCAACCAGCAGAGCGACCUAACUGCGUAUAUCAACAAGUUCUUGCUCAACACCAGCGGGAAUACGGCGAACAUCGAGAAGGGCCCUACUGCUGAUGUGGCCUCGUACAUUGACUGGACUGCACCAACGCUGACCUAGAGGGUGGAGAUUUGGG